UUGAUGUUAUGCUGUGCUGAUAAUGUUAUAAAGAAAGUUGCUCUUCCCGAGACCGAACCGUUAAUGCUUGAUUACUUGCAGUCAGUGUGCCCUGGUGCUUCUGGAUUAGAAAUUAAAGAUCCUAGUGCCCGUCCCGAAAUUACAACUAUUUAUUUGGAUGCCGAAAAGAAAUUUCAUUUAACUGAAGAAGAUGAAAAGAAAACUUUAAAUGUUAUUUAUAAAGACCCAGUUGAGCGUUCACCCUCUCCUUGGUUGCAUGUUCAACGAGAGCUUCCUCUCAUUGAUUCAGUUAGCGAAUUUUGCUUUUACCUGAAGAAAGAAGUUAGCUCCAAUAAAGAAAAUGAACCUAAAAAAGAAGUAAAAACUUGCGUCACACGCAUCAACAAAAGAUAUUUUGCAACUUUUUACCAUGACUUGCAUAAAGAUUUUAAAGAAGGGAAUGUUGUUGAAAUAUUUUCCAAUGAUGACAAUGCUUUUAAAGCAACGUGCAAAUUUAAAAAUACUUUAUGGGACUUUAUAUUAUUCAAAUCUAAUGAAGAUGUUAAAGGCGAUGGCCCUCAUAUUUUUGAUGUUUUUUAUCCUGGUGAACGUAUUAUUUUAUAUGGUCGUGCAACAGAUGAUGGGAGACUUGCUCCGCAAGAAGGAAUUAUAAAUUCAUUAGAAGGAUAUUGGGACGGAAAAAAGCAUGCAACUUUUUUGAUGGGAACAAUCAAAACUAAUCGUGGUGAUAGUGGAGGAGGAGUCUUCAAUCACAGUGGAUUGUUGGGCAUAAGUGUUGGAAAUACACCGUUUGAAGAUUUUCCGUAUAGCCAAGCUGCUAGGGAGGCUGCCGAAUUUAAUUCCAGAAACUAUAUUAUUUCUGCAAAGGAUUUGGCUGCGGCUGCUGAGCAAGUUGAGGGAACAAGAAAGAAAGAAGUACAUCAACCUAGACCCGGACCUCCUCCAAUUGUUAGAGCAUGUAUGGGUCUACCAAAGAAGAGGGGAAGGCCUGAUGACGAUACUGAAGAAUAUUGA